AUGGGUCUUUCUGAACUUGUCAGGGCUCGUGUGCACGCCGUUCACCGGAGAGGCAUGGAAAUACUGUUUCUAGGGUCGGCGGUACUGUAAAGUCCGGCCGGAGACGACAGCCUUGUCACAGUCCCAAGAGGACAGCUCUCCGGGAGCUGCCCUUCAAUGCUCACUGGCAUCUAUCUACGUCCUCAGAAACCAGCUCCCGUGACCUUCCUUCUCGUUUUCAUCUCGGAACACACCGUCCCUAGAUUACAUGAUCUUGUCUUCGAGCUCGCCCUCUCCCUACGUUGGAGAGUCGAGAAAGAGAGAGAGAGGACAGAUAGGGACGAAAGCGUUCGUGGGAAGACGACGGUGAAUUUCCUUCAUGGGACAUUCGGAGUGGCCUUGAAGAAGGUGCCCGCUGUUGCCUUGGUGUAG